GCCCCGUCUCUCGAUAUACGUCAUGUAAGGCAACACUAUCUAUCUACACAUCCCUACUGAGUAUUUCCUUUAAAUAAUCCGGCUUUCCAACGAAGAUCAAAGAAACAUGCUAAAAUUUGGGAAACACUUCUACAAUACUAUUUCCAACAUCAUGUCAUCAACCUAUAACAACAAAGAACCAGAGUCCCCGCUCCUACUCAGCAUGCAACUUUUCGAUGCCGAUAGAUUUCUGCCAUCUGUAGAAGAUGUGCUCGAAGUUAAGAAAAUCUUCUUCAAUGCAGCUAAAGAAACACGACUACCGUUAGAAAUCAUUGAAAGCAUAAUUGAUCUCGCCGAAUAUUGGCCUCAUGCAACAACAUCAGGUUUUGCCAUUCCCGGUUCUCGAGAUAACAGACCCUUUGACAAUCCUAGAAAAGAAAUCACCGUUAGAUCAGGUGCUCGAACAGAAAAUCAAUUUCUUUUACGCUCCCUCCCCAUCGGCUACUUCCCAUUUCGAGAAAAUAAGCACGAUCUACCUUCCCAAAAACAUUUGGAAGACGAGACAGAAUUCACCAAAGUCGAACCCAAGCCUUGGCCAUCGGAUGAGCAAAUUCCACAAGAUGCCACAGAGGAAGUUAUAAAGCAAUGGGCAGAGGUGUCACUUUGUCGAGGCCAAUUCCCUUGCAGGAAAAUUAUAUUCCGAAUUAGAAGUCGUGAUCAAGGAUGGGGGGGUGUACGCGCAGAUAAAGGAACAUACAGAGGAUCAUAUACAUGGUUUGACGUCGGUUUGGAGCGAACAUAUGCUACGAGACAAGGUAUUUCAACACAUUCCAUCAAGAUUAGCACCUGCCAUAGACCUAGUCUUAAAGAUCUAAAAACUAACAGAACACUUUGUUAAAGACCCACACUUCCGACCAUACGACUACACACAAGAAUCGUCGAAUGAGAUAGUAUGCGGUGUACAAACGAUAAUCCCAGAGGUGGUCCAACCCAACCCAGAUGAUGUUCCCGAGAAUCACAGAGAUUCCACUGCAACGUAUCCAGCUACGUUCAAGCAUAAACUCAACCCCGACACCAAAGUCCUCCAGAAAAACAAAACCGCUACAGCAAUACCAGAAAAUCAUGUAAUCACAUGGAGAUUCAAUGACAAUAUCCAUCCAGAAAGCCCCGAAGCUGAUAAGUUAGAAGAGCAAGGCAGAGGACGGGAUACCGGAAACGGCGAGUUUGUUCGUAAUCUACGAAUUGGCGACGUGGUGACCCUCUGGGCAAAAGCGAGGUAUCCAGGAUGGGCUAACACCAUCGAGGAUGUGAGUAUAGAGGUCUAUUAUGCAAUCUAAGCCUGCGUGCUAGCUGAGAACUACAUCGAUCGUACCGCCUUGGAACUUUUAGUAGCUGGGUUAUCUGCCCAUUAUGAGGGAUGGGGCGUUCGGGUCGAACUUUGGCAAUGUCUGGAUUGGGGCACUUAAAUCGAAGAAUCAAAUUGAAAAAACCCUGUUAGUUGUAA